GGCUGCUGUGCUGUGUGUGUGUAUGUGUGUGUGUUGGAGCGCUCUGUGUGGAGCGCAGACGCUGCUGGUUUGAGAGAGCAGCACAGGAAGAGGCAGAGUUCAGAUCGCGUUGGAGCCUCCAAGGUGACGGCAGGCUGUUCUUCAAGUGUUUCUCUGCCUUUCUGGACCGGUAUUACUUUUCCAUCCUUUGGCUGUGGAGUGUUGACGUCCUGCUUUUGAUUUUGAGCGUGGCGGCUCCCGGCGUGGCCUAGCCAGUGGUGCUAGUGGCAGUGUGAGCUACAGGGCUGCAUGCCAUGGGCUGUGUCUUCUCCCUGCCAGAGGACAGGAGAUAUGCUGCUGAGAGAGCACCCACCGCACGAGAGACAAGUUUCAUCGAGAAAAUGAAGAAAACUGGAAAGAACAUCAUUGUAUUCUACGGCUCCCAGACUGGCACAGCAGAAGAAUUUGCAAACAGACUUUCCAAAGACGCUCAGCGCUACGGCAUGAAAGGAAUGGCUGCUGAUCCAGAGGAGUAUGACAUGGGGGAGCUGUCCCGUCUGUCUGAGAUUACCAACUCCCUUGCCAUAUUUUGCAUGGCAACCUAUGGCGAAGGAGACCCCACGGAUAACGCCCAGGACUUCUAUGACUGGCUGCAGGAAAAUGAUGAUGAAGACCUCUCUGGACUAAACUACACUGUAUUUUCUUUGGGCAAUAAGACAUACGAACACUACAAUGCAAUGGGAAAAUAUGUGGACAAAAGGCUAGAAGAACUGGGAGCCAAACGCAUCUUUGAUCUUGGUUUGGGAGAUGAUGAUGGCAAUCUGGAAGAGGACUUUGUUUCAUGGAGAGAGCAGUUCUGGCCGGCCGUCUGCGAGCACUUUGGAGUCGAAGCCUUAGGAGAUGAAUCAAGCAUUCGGCAGUACGAGCUGAAGGAAUACACCGACAUCAACAUGAACAAAGUGUACACAGGAGAAAUUGGCCGCCUGAAGAGUUUUGAAGUCCAAAAGCCGCCCUUUGAUUCAAAGAACCCUUUCCUGGCUCCAGUCACCGUUAACCGCAGACUCAACAAAGCUGGUGAUAGACAUCUCAUGCACCUGGAACUAGACAUAACAGGCUCCAAGAUCAGAUAUGAGUCGGGAGACCACGUGGCUGUUUUCCCCACAAACGACACUGCGCUGGUGAACAAGUUGGGACAGAUCCUUGGAGUGGACCUUGACAUGGUUAUCUCUCUCAACAACCUUGAUGAGGAGUCCAACAAGAAACAUCCUUUCCCCUGCCCCACCACCUACCGCACAGCCCUCACUCACUACCUGGACAUCACCCAUCCUCCUCGCACCAACGUCCUCUACGAGCUGGCACAGUACGCCUCCGACCCCAAAGACCAGGAGAAUAUGCGCAAGAUGGCCUCCUCCUCCCCCGAGGGCAAGUCAUUGUACCAGACCUGGGUGUUGGACUCCUGUAGAAACAUCCUCCAUAUACUUGAGGAUAUGCCCUCUUUGAAGCCUCCUAUUGACCACCUGUGUGAGCUGUUGCCUCGUCUCCAGGCUCGCUACUACUCCAUCGCCUCCUCGUCUAAGGUUCACCCCAACAGCAUCCAUAUCUGUGCCGUCGUGGUGGAGUACAAGACCAAGACCAACCGCGUCAAUAAGGGAGUUGCAACCAACUGGUUGAAAAACAAACUGGUCACUGACAACGGCCACAAGUCAACUGUUCCCAUGUACAUCCGCAAGUCUCAGUUCCGCCUGCCCUUCAAAGCCACCAACCCUGUGAUCAUGAUCGGGCCUGGGACUGGAAUCGCUCCUUUCAUGGGCUUCAUCCAGGAGAGAGGCUGGCUCAAAGAGCAAGGAAAGGAAGUUGGAGAGACAGUGAUGUAUUUUGGCUGCAGACAUAAGAAUGAGGAUUAUCUCUAUCAGGAGGAGCUGGAGGAAGCAGAGAAGAACGCUGUGUUGACACAGCUUAAUGUUGCCUUCUCCAGAGACCAGGAGCAAAAGGUGUACGUGCAGCAUCACCUGAAGCAAAACAAGGAGAACAUCUGGAAGCUGGUUCACUCAGACAAUGCUCAUAUCUACGUCUGCGGGGAUGCAAGGAACAUGGCUAAAGAUGUGCAGACGGCUUUCCAUGAGAUCGCAGAAGAGCUGGGCGGCAUGACACGCACCCAGGCCACAGAUUAUGUCAAGAAACUGAUGACCAAGGGACGCUACUCACAAGACGUAUGGAGUUAAAGAGACCCCACACCCAGCCUCACUCUUUACUACUAAAGUGGUAGUUUUAAAGUUUCUAUUUUUUUUUGUCUUGUUCAGGACUGAAUAUAAAAACAUUAGACACUUGUUCAUACUCACCCUGGUUCAUAUGAGCUACAGGUAGCAGAAUAUCAUGAGGCAAACUCUACCUCAAAACCAUUCCGUAGUUUUAAUCUGUGUUUCCUACUUCUAUAUUCGCCGUGAUGUGUCUGCUGAGGUCCUCACUUGAGCCGUGGUGUCAGGCCAAACAAACAGUCACUCACUCUCGCUAGCAGCGACUGUAAAGAGUCGGAAUGAAUGGAUGAGGGUAACUUUAAUGCAACUCUGGGCACGCUGAAAUGAUAAGUAGGCAUCCUCUGGCUCGGAAUUCAUUAAUCAAGAAAGCUUACUUCAAGUCAGAACAACGGGAUGCAAAGGCAGCAAAGAGUCAUCUUGACUUUGAUUAGCUGUGUUUCGAUUAGAUACCGAUUUGUAGAUGUAACACCACAGCAGAUUAUAGAAUUGCAUCAUUUGUCGAAGUGAACAAAAGGAGAGUUGUGUGUUCCUGCUGCAGUAUGAACAGUCAGGCUUGUGACAUUAAAGGAUGCUGACUUUAGUUUCGCUCUGAGCUGAUCUCAUCGUGCUUUUAAAAGUACUUAAAGUAUAUAAAAUAUUUUUAAAACUGUAAAAAUUAUGUGAGGUAAAUGUUUGAUAUAACAAAGCGACUUCAUAGGUACAAUUAUAUGUUUACCUUUGUAUUUUGACAAGGGAGUUUGCCUUUUAUGCAUUAGUUGCUGUUCGUUUUAAUCAGUAAUGGUAACUGUUUGAGAGGCACAAAAAGUGAUGCAAAGGGGACGAUCAUAUGUGGAAGAACGUGAGAUUAUGUGUGUUUUAUCUUCAUUAAUAGCCUGCCUGUAAACGUAGUAAAAAUUCACUUCUGUUGGUACCCUGUAAGGUUUUUAAAAUGGUAAAGCAUUUGAAAUGUUGGACUUGAAACCAGAUCUGGCCUCCAAAAACAACUCUUGUUUAUUUUAUAUGCAUCCAAAAGGAUUAUUGGUUUUUUUUUAUGGAGUAGUGACAGCCACGUCUGGCUGAUUUUACUGUUUUACUUUUUCUUCCCUUUUUGCCCCCAUCUCAUAUGCACCACUACACAGAGAAGAUGAGCAGACAUAUCUCAACAUUUUGUGUGUUUCUAGCAUCUGUCAGUCAGAUCACUACUUUUAUAAGAAUAUGGGGAGUUUAGGGAGGUCAGCCAACCAGUUAAAGUGCAGCCGGUGCCUUGUUUAACACUGCCUUAUGUAUGAAGUUAGCAUUUCAACCCUGAUGGUUUACUGUCUUCUUAAUACUGUUUAUUUUUCUUUCAUGCUUACAUUUUGAUAGCGAGUCAAACUCAUCUGAGACACUUUACCCAGCGCUGUCACUUUUUGUUAUUCCACUUUAUAAUGUAAUUAUUUGAUUUUAUGGAGGCAUGCAUUUUUUUAAUGAAUAAAAUUGGAAUAAUUUGUUGGA